AUGGCGAAGAGAAGCGUUUCCCUCGCCGGGAGCGCAACAAGGGCUGGAAGCACAGCAAUGCAUAACAACGACGGGGCUGCGAAUGCUGCCCUGGCGAAGAUGGGCUAUCAGUCGGAGCUUCCUCGCAAUCUCAGCAUGCUUUCUGUCUUGGGCAUGUCGUUUGCUAUUAUGGCGGUUCCAUUUGGUCUGUCAACGACAAUGUACAUUACGCUUACGGACGGUCAAUCGGUGACGAUUCUGUAUGGCUGGAUUCUCGUUUCGCUCAUCUCGCUGUGCAUUGCGGCGUCCUUGGCGGAGAUUUGCGCCGUUUAUCCCACGGCGGGCGGCGUCUACUACUGGUCUGCGAUGCUAUCUACACGGGAGUGGGCUCCUAUAGCUUCCUGGGUGACUGGAUGGCUCACUUUGGUCGGCAAUUGGACUGUGACGUUGUCUAUCAAUUUCUCUGGUGGUCAACUAAUCCUCAGUGCGAUUACUCUUUGGGACGAGGAUUUCGUGCCAAAUCAGUGGCAGACGGUACUCAUGUUUUGGGCUGUAAUGCUGGUAUGCAUGAGCGUUAACAUCUUUGGAGCCAAAUACCUGGAUCUUAUCAACAAAAUUUGUAUUUACUGGACGGCGAGCAGCGUGGUUAUUAUCAUGAUUGUGCUUUUGAGCAUGGCCGAUAACAAGAGAGAUGCCGAGUUUGUUUUCUCGCAUUAUGACGCGAGUCAGAGUGGAUGGCCAGCUGGAUGGGCCUUCUUCGUGGGUCUCCUUCAAGCCGCCUACACGCUGACUGGUUACGGUAUGGUGGCCUCCAUGUGCGAGGAAGUGGAUAACCCGUCUCGGGAGGUUCCCAAGGCCAUUUUCCUCUCCGUUGCCGCUGCUGGUGUCACUGGAGUCAUCUACCUCAUCCCCAUACUUUUCGUCCUCCCCGACGUGCAACUUCUUCUCGACGUGGCAAACGGACAACCCAUUGGCCUUCUCUUCAAAACGGUUACCGGUAGCGCGGGUGGAGGUUUCGGUCUCCUUUUCCUCAUCCUUGGGAUCCUCUUCUUUGCAGGCACCGGCGCCUUGACUGCUGCAUCACGUUGCACCUACGCCUUUGCCCGUGACGGCGCCAUUCCCGGUUCGCGUCUCUGGGCCAAGGUAGAUAAGCGCUUCGAUAUCCCGCUCAUGGCACUGGUCCUCUCCACGCUUGUAGAUUGCCUCCUCGGCCUCAUCUACUUUGGCUCCUCGGCAGCUUUCAACUCUUUCACUGGUGUGGCUACAAUUUGCCUCAGUACCUCGUACGGCAUGCCCAUUCUCAUCUCCGUACUUCGCGGCCGCAAGGCUGUUCGCCACUCUACCUUCUCCCUAGGCCGCUUCGGAUACGCUAUCAAUGUUGCUAUGAUUGGUUGGAUCUGCUUGGCUGUCGUGUUGUUUUGCAUGCCGGUUAGUUUGCCAGUAGAGGCCGCUACGAUGAACUAUGCCAGUGUAGUGUUUGCAGGCUUUGCGGCGAUUAGUGUGGCCUGGUACUUCAUCAGGGGACGCAAGGAAUUUUCAGGCCCGCCCGUGCCGGCCAAUCUGGAGCCAGGUGAGGAGGGGGUCGUGACUGGGCUUUCGGUACAGGAGAGCAGGCAGGAUAUUGAGGGCAAAGGGGAUGCGGAUAAGGGAAGCCCGGAUAGCGGGCAUGACAAGGUCUUUUGA